GGAAGGGCUGGGCGCUGACUUCCGCCUGCUCAAAGACAGCAGCAUCAGCGCUGAUAUCAGGGCGGAUUCACCGACACUGAGGAAUCAUGGACAGUCAGGGCAGGAAAGUGGUGGUCUGUGACAACGGGACCGGGUUUGUAAAGUGUGGGUAUGCCGGCUCUAAUUUCCCGGAACACAUUUUUCCGGCUCUGGUCGGGAGACCCAUCAUCCGUUCCACUGCCAAAGUGGGAAACAUUGAGAUCAAGGACCUGAUGGUGGGAGACGAGGCGAGCGAGCUGCGCUCCAUGCUGGAGGUGAACUACCCGAUGGAGAACGGCAUCGUGAGAAACUGGGACGAUAUGAAGCACCUGUGGGAUUACACCUUUGGCCCCGAGAAACUCAACAUCGACUCGAGAAACUGCAAGAUCCUGCUCACAGAACCGCCCAUGAACCCCACCAAGAACCGCGAGAAGAUCAUUGAGGUGAUGUUUGAGACCUAUCAGUUCUCAGGGGUUUAUAUCGCCAUUCAGGCUGUGCUCACUCUCUACGCUCAAGGUUUGCUGACAGGUGUGGUGGUGGACUCUGGCGAUGGUGUCACUCAUAUUUGUCCAGUGUACGAAGGCUUUUCUCUCCCUCAUCUCACACGCCGACUGGACAUCGCAGGAAGAGACAUCACACGCUACCUCAUCAAGCUGUUGUUGUUGAGGGGUUACGCCUUCAAUCACUCGGCAGACUUCGAGACAGUGAGGAUGAUGAAGGAGAAGCUGUGUUACGUGGGUUAUAACAUCGAGCAGGAGCAGAAGCUGGCGCUGGAGACCACAGUGCUGGUGGAGUCUUACACACUGCCUGACGGGAGGGUGAUUAAAGUGGGCGGAGAGCGGUUCGAGGCGCCGGAGGCUCUGUUUCAGCCUCACCUCAUUAACGUUGAGGGAGUGGGCGUGGCCGAACUGCUCUUCAACACCAUCCAGGCAGCUGACAUCGACACCAGGGCUGAGUUUUACAAACACAUCGUGUUGUCGGGUGGCUCAACGAUGUAUCCUGGUCUGCCGUCUCGUUUGGAGCGUGAACUGAAGCAGCUCUAUCUGGAGAGAGUGCUGAAGGGAGACGUCGACAAACUCUCGAAAUUUAAGAUCCGUAUUGAAGAUCCUCCUCGUCGUAAACACAUGGUGUUUUUGGGUGGUGCCGUGCUAGCUGACAUCAUGAAGGACAAAGACAAUUUUUGGUUGACCAGAGAGGAGUACCAGGAGAAGGGAAUGCGUGUUCUGGAGAAGCUGGGGGUCACCGUUAGAUAAAUCACACUCGCAUACACGCACAACGUCAUGUACUUGAACUCACACUCGCAGUCAUGCAGGGUGGCAUUUUGGCAGCGUAAACAAGCAGAGGUUGUUUGGCAGGUAGAUAUGAAAAUAUACUUGGUGAUAUCAAUAAAAUACUUGAACUUCCUUCGCAAUCCAAAAAAAGUGAUCAGUGUUUGUACGACAUUCCAAAUAUAACGGAUCAUAAUCGCCACCUGAGAACAGAAAACAAAAAUUUUAUGAAAAAACAAGUUAAUAACGAAACUAUCCAUUUAUGCUGCCAAAAUUAAUCCUCAUGCAUCAUCAUUUUUAGUUUGCUCAUCAAUUAACACUGACCCUCAUGAAGAGAAAUAUCGCUCAAAACUUGGCAAGAAUCAUAAGGAUUGUGGGGUGGGGUGGGAGUAGAGGGGUAAAACAAUACAAAAAGGUAUUUUUAAGAAUAAAAAAAUUUGCUUUGGUAAAACAUUGUUUUUGUAAUAAUUCAAAUCAAUGCAGCCAGCUUACUAUUAAAGUGAUAGUUCACCAAAAAAUGAAAUGAUUGUCUUUAUUUACUCACCUUCAUGUCAUUUCAAACCAGUAUGACUUUCUCUGUGUGGAACGCAAAAGGAGUGCAAUGAAAGUGAAUGAUGACCAGGGACAGAGCAGCUUGGACAUUCUCAAGUCAUAUGGGUUUGGUACAACAUGAGGGCGAGUAAAUGAUGAUAGAUUUUUUAGUUAACUUUUGGGUGAACUAUCCCUUUAAAAAAAAUUAAAAAAAAUUAAAAAUAUUUGUGGCCGAUGGUAUCAAACAGACAUUGAUCUGAAAGCAAACUACUUUUGUUGAAAUGUCUACCUCCUUUCUUUAACUUAAGGUAAUGUCUUUCUAUAUCUUUAAUUGUUGUGUUUGGGGUGCUUGACAGAAAAUGCAGGAGCAACUGGGACCAAAUUUCCCCAUACAGCAUUUAAUGGAAAAUUAAGAGUGCUCUCAUGUAAUUUGAUUCACUUUAAAAGCACUCAAGUCCAAAUUCAUGAUGAGCAGUGUUAGUCGACCUUAUUUUGGUAGAGAAUGUCUAACAUAUAGACUUUCUAUUAAUGUCAUUCCUGCUUAUCCUGGAACAGUUUUUCCUUGAAAUUUAAAGGAGCUUCAUAAACAAUUGUAUCAAUUUCACACUUUAUUUGAAAGGGAAGGGAUAACAUGCUGGCAUAUGUUUUCUGUGAAUUUUUCACCAUUAAAGCUGCCUCACUAGCUGUGUAAAUCUCACCAAAAGAAAUAAUAAAAUUUUUAAACAAGAGUUUUUCAUAGCAACGUUAUUUUCAUGACAAUUAAGCACAUUCUCCCCUCCCAGCUCUCAAUACGGUAAUGCAAAAAAUGCAUUUCUCAUUACCAUAAUGCAAAAAAAUGCAAUUCUCAUUACUGUAAUGUAGUAAACAACGUAAUUGUCAUUACCAUAAUUUGGGGGAAAAAUUCAAUUGUCAUUACCGUAAUGAGAAAAAAUGCAAUUUUCAUUACUGUAUUGUAGCAAAAAUGCAAUUGUCAUUACCAUAAUAUGGGGGGGAAAUUCAAUUUUCAUUACCGUAAUGAGAAAAGAAUGCAAUUUUCAUGACUGUAAUGUAGCAAAAAUGCAAUUGUCAUUACCAUAAUGUGGAAGAAAAUUACAUUUUCAUUACCGUUAUGAGGAAAAAAUGCAAUUGCCAUUACUGUAAUGUGAAAAAAAAAAAAAUUUUCAUUACUUUAAUGUACCAAAAAUGCAGUUGCCAUUAUCGUAAUGAGAAUUCUUUUUUACAUUUUCAUUACUGUAAUGUUGUAAAAAUGCAAUUGUCAUUACCAUAAUGCAGGGGAAAAUGCAAUUGUCAUUAUUGUAAUGAGAGAAAAAAAAUUAAUUACUGUAAUGUAGCAAAAAAUGCAAUUGUCAUUACCAUAAUGUGGGAAAAAAAGAAAUUGUCAUUACCGUAAUGAGAAAAAAUUCUAUUUCCAUUACCAUAAUGCAGGGAAAAAUGCAAUUGUUAUUAUCGCAAUGAGAAAAACAAAAAUUAAUUACUGUAAUGUUGCAAAAAUGCAAUUUUCAUUACCAUAAUGCAGGGAAAAAUGCAACUGUCAUUAGCGUAAUGAGAAAAAAAAUUUCAUUACUGUAAUGUACCAAAAGUGCAAUUGUCAUUACCAUAAUGCAGGGAUAUUUUUUUAAUUUUCAUUACCGUAAUGAGAAAAGAAUGCAAUUUUCAUGACUGCAAUGCAGCAAAAAUCCAAUUGUCAUUACCAUAAUGCGGAAAAAAUACAUUUGCAUUACCAUAAUGAGAAAAAAUGCAAUUGCCAUUACUGUAUGUGCCAAAAAUACAAUUGUCAUUACCAUAAUGCGGGAAAAAUGCCAUAUUCAUUACCAUAAUGAGAAAAGAAUGCAAUUUUCAUUACUGUCAGCAAAAACGCAAUUGUCAUUACCGUAAUGCUGGGAAAAAUGAAAUUGUCAUUAUCGUAAUGUAGGGAAAAAUGCAAUUGUCAUUACAGUAAUGAGAAAAAAAAAUUCAUUACUGUAAUGUUGCAAAAAUGCAAUUGUCAUUACCAUAAUGUGGAAAAAUACCAUUUUCAUUAACGUAAUGAGAAAAAAAAAUUAUAUUUUAAUUACUGUAAUGUAGCAAAAAUGCCAUUUUUAUUGCCAUAAUUUGGGAAAAAAUGCUAUUCUGAUUAUCAUAAUGAAAAAAAGGCAUUUUCAUUACCGAUACUUAAAAAAAAUUCUUAUUACUGUAAAGUGAAAAAAGUUCAAUACAUAAUCUUUUAUUGCAAUACAGUAAAAAAUAUUAGUUAAAAACAUAUUAAUAGAGUAAUGAGAAGCAAAUGAGAAUCACCAUUAAGAGUAAUAAUUACAAAAAAAACAUAAAAUAUCUGGACAAUUUAGGGUAAUUAAAAUUAUGGGAAUGGAAAUGUGCUUAAUUGUCAUGAAAAAAAUGACACA